AUGAGAAUGAAGUCUGGAAUCCCAAAAAUUCAAGAAUCCAAGAAUCCCAAGAUUCCCAAAAGUUCAAGAAUCCAAGAAUCCCAAGAUUCCCAAGAGUCCAAGAAUCCAAGAAUCCAAGAAUCCAAGAACCCAAGAAUCCAAGAAUCCAAGAAUCCAAGAAUCCAAAAAUCCAAGAAUCCAAGAGUCCAAGAAUCCAAGAAUCCAAGAAUCCAAGAAUCCAAGAAUCCAAGAAUCCAGGAAUCCAGGAAUCCAAGAAUCCAAGAAUCCAAGAAUCCAAGAAUCCAAGAAUCCAAGAAUCCAAGAAUCCAAGAAUCCAAGAAUCCAAGAAUCCAAGAAUCCAAGAAUCCAAGAAUCCAAGAAUCCAAGAAUCCAAGAAUCCAAGAAUCCAAAAAUCCAAGAAUCCAAGAAUCCAAGAAUCCAAGAAUCCAAAAAUCCAAAAAUCCAAGAAUCCAAGAAUCCAAAAAUCCAAGAAUCCAAGAAUCCAAGAAUCCAAGAAUCCAAGAAUCCAAGAAUCCAAGAAUCCAAGAAUCCAAGAAUCCCAAGAAUCCAAGAAUCCAAGAAUCCAAGAAUCCAAGAAUCCAAGAAUCCAAGAAUCCAAGAAUCCAAGAAUCCAAGAAUCCAAGAAUCCAAGAAUCCAAGAAUCCAAGAAUCCAAGAAUCCAAAAAUCCAAGAAUCCAAGAAUCCAAGAAUCCAAGAAUCCAAAAAUCCAAGAAUCCAAGAAUCCAAAAAUCCAAGAAUCCCAAGAAUCCAAGAAUCCAAGAAUCCAAGAAUCCAAGAAUCCAAGAAUCCAAGAAUCCAAGAAUCCAAGAAUCCAAGAAUCCAAGAAUCCAAGAAUCCAAGAAUCCAAGAAUCCAAGAAUCCAAGAAUCCAAGAAUCCAAAAAUCCAAGAAUCCAAAAAUCCAAGAAUCCAAGAAUCCAAGAAUCCAAGAAUCCAAAAAUCCAAGAAUCCAAAAAUCCAAGAAUCCAAGAAUCCAAGAAUCCAAGAAUCCAAGAAUCCAAGAAUCCAAGAAUCCAAGAAUCCAAGAAUCCAAAAAUCCAAGAAUCCAAGAAUCCAAGAAUGCGAGAAUCCAAGAAUCCAAGAAUCCAAGAAUCCAAAAAUCCAAGAAUCCAAGAAUCCAAGAAUCCAAGAAUCCAAAAAUCCAAAAAUCCGAGAAUCCAAGAAUCCAAAAAUCCAAGAAUCCAAGAAUCCAAGAAUCCAAGAAUCCAAGAAUCCAAGAAUCCAAGAAUCCAAGAAUCCAAGAAUCCCAAGAAUCCAAGAAUCCAAGAAUCCAAGAAUCCAAGAAUCCAAGAAUCCAAGAAUCCAAGAAUCCAAGAAUCCAAGAAUCCAAGAAUCCAAGAAUCCAAGAAUCCAAGAAUCCACCCCCCAAAAAUCCAAGAAUCCAAGAAUCCAAGAAUCCAAGAAUCCAAAAAUCCAAGAAUCCAAGAAUCCAAAAAUCCAAGAAUCCCAAGAAUCCAAGAAUCCAAGAAUCCAAGAAUCCAAGAAUCCAAGAAUCCAAGAAUCCAAGAAUCCAAGAAUCCAAGAAUCCAAGAAUCCAAGAAUCCAAGAAUCCAAGAAUCCAAGAAUCCAAGAAUCCAAGAAUCCAAGAAUCCAAGAAUCCAAGAAUCCAAGAAUCCAAGAAUCCAAGAAUCCAAGAAUCCAAGAAUCCAAGAAUCCAAAAAUCCAAGAAUCCAAGAAUCCAAGAAUCCAAGAAUCCAAAAAUCCAAGAAUCCAAGAAUCCAAGAAUCCAAGAAUCCAAGAAUCCAAGAAUCCAAGAAUCCAAGAAUCCAAGAAUCCAAGAAUCCAAGAAUCCAAGAAUCCAAAAAUCCCAAGAAUCCAAGAAUCCAAGAAUCCAAGAAUCCAAGAAUCCAAGAAUCCAAAAAUCCAAGAAUCCAAGAAUCCAAGAAUCCAAGAAUCCAAGAAUCCAAGAAUCCAAGAAUCCAAGAAUCCAAGAAUCCAAGAAUCCAAGAAUCCAAGAAUCCAAGAAUCCAAAAAUCCAAGAAUCCAAGAAUCCAAGAAUCCAAGAAUCCAAUGCCUCCUCUAGGCCAACAGUCUUUUUUGACUUUCAAAACCCAAUGUUUUGGAUGGAUGCUAAAAAUCGACAAGACGUGUUUUCUGGUCCCUUUUCUCAGAUUCCACCACAAUUUCAAUAUUUGAUUUCGAAUGUGAAUCAGGUGCAAUUGGGAGAAUUUACUGAACCCAACGCCUUCUGUUCCCCAUCAAGUUUGCAAUCAAUGUCACCGGAUAUCCAGAGAGUAUGUCAGCCGAUCUCUGACAUGAGUUCAAUUCAACAAGGAGAAUCCCAAGAAUUUUGUCUCAGCCCGAAUUCUAAGCAGUCCGACACGUCUUCCGAUGAUGAUGAGGAUGGGUUACCUUGGUUCGCGCGAAAAAUUCCAGCUAAAAAUUGGCAGAUUGAAAGAAUGGAGAGUAGUGAUUUGCGAGUUGGUGGCGGGAAAGCUAAGCCAAAGAACCACCUACAAUGUGUUCGUUUCCAACCUAUUUGUCCGCUUCGGCUCUCUCCGAUUAGUCCGAAUUCCACGUCUUCUGAAUUCGGAAUAAAGAAUAUUCUCUUGGAUCAAAAAGAGAUUCAGUUUUCAGAUAGUAGAAAGGAUAUGUUCAAGACCAAAGAAACCCAAUGCAUGCCUUCAAGUCUGGAAAGGAUGUUACCAAAAGUUCUGAAUAUGAUUGUUGAUGUGAAUAGUAAACGUCCCCGACCAGAGCGAAACGUACACCAAAAGACGGCAUACGUGAUUCCAGAGCUUCGAAAUAAUUUAAAAAUGAUUGCUUCAUCUGUUUUGGCACCUUCCUUUACCACCUAUUCUGAACUGUUCUCAAAUCUGUCAUCAGUGGUUCAUCAAUUAAAAAUGGGUCCUAAAAAUUCAGACGCAUCAGUCAAGCUCCGAUGGCUGGAUGAGCAAUUUGAUAGAUUCACCAAAAAGAUUACUGUAGAUGCGUUCUCGAAUGAUCCGAUUCCGUUGUUACAGACUUUGUCGAUGAUUACGUCUUCGAAUGAAAUGCAAGCUAAAGAAGUGCCUCCAAAACUCGAAACCGAUUUUGAUAAGGAGAUUUGGGCAUUGAAAACUCAUUUUGACGAAACUUUUGAAAAGCUUUGGAUGUUUAAUUGGCCAGUACAAGAAGCUGUGUUGGAUAAUAUGAUUGAGGUGAUAAGGAGAACAAUUUCAAAAACUGAAAUUGUUCAUUUUCAGAGAAUCUACAAAAUGGCUCCAGAUGUUCAAAAAGUGAUGAGAUUACACUUUGAGGGAACCCUAAUGGCAUACCAGAGUUUGGGUCUUUUAAAUUCCUGGAAAAGAACAAGAAAUGAAAUGAAAAACUUUCCUACGAUCCCAAUGAACUCUAGGGAGAUUGGAAAAGCGCCAGCAAUCAGUACAAUGGGCUCGAUAAAAAUGCAUAAGGAAGAAGAAAUGAUAAUGGAGAUUCUGAUAGAAUAA